AAUAGCAACGUUGCGAACAAUGGCUAUGAAAUCAAAACAAAAACAGGAGACAAAAAAGGCAUGGGAACGGAUGUUCAAAUAUACAUCACCCUUAUAAGUGAAGAUGGUCGGAGGUCUCAUGAUCUCUAUUUAGAUUGUAAAUGGAGGAAUGACUUCGAGGCUGGGGCAAUUGAUACAUUCACGUUUGGUGACGCUGUUCCCGAUAUCGGCCCGAUCUUGAAAGUUGAGAUUCACCGAUAUUCAACAUUUACAUCAUCGGAAUGGUUCAUGGAGUGGGUGGAAAUCACUAAUCACUAUCGACCAGAAGACAAACCUGACAUCUUUCCGUUUCAGCGUUGGGUUAGAUCUGGUGUUCGUUUAACAAUUUGUAGGUACGAUAGUGUUCUACCUCAGUAUUCUGAGUCUCCAGGACAACGCCAAUGCGAGUUAGAAAGGAAAAGAAAACAUUACGUCUUGAUUGAAAAGAAACCCGGGAUGCCAAAACAGGUUUCCAAUCUACCUGAAGAUGAAAACUUUAGCAACUCAUACAAGUGGGACAUAAUAUCAGUUCGGUCAGGUUUAAUCAUUCGCUGGAAAUUGAAAAAAUUGCUUUCUGGCGGAUGGGAAUCAAUACAAGAUGUUAAUAAUAUCUAUGAUGGAUGUUUUGCAUUUCCAAAACCUUAUGGCAAGGAUAUGUGGAGGCAAGAUAACAAUUUUGGUCGCCAGAGGCUACAAGGCUGCAAUACCAUCUCCAUUUGUCGUUGUACAGAAAUACCUGAAACUUUUGGCGUUACAUCAGAAAUGGUGGAACACUUCCUGGAGGGCCUAACUCUUGAAGAGGCAAUGGAUGAUAAGAAAAUUUACAUCGUGGACCAUUCGUUUUUGAAGGAUAUCCAGUGCACUGAUAAUAGAAAGGUAGUGGCACCAAUGGCACUUUUUCACGUAGAUUCAAGAGGACAACUGAUGCCGAUUGCAAUUCAAUUGUUUCCAAACUCUGACACCAAACAACACCCGGUAUUUUUACCCAAUGAUCCGAAAGGUGUUUGGACGUUGGCAAAAAUAUAUUUCAACAAUGCUGACUCUGCAUUUCAUCAGUCGUGUGCACAUUUAGCUUUUACUCAUCUUAUAAUGGAAGGAAUUGCUGUGGUAACAAACAGAGAGUUGUCGCAAUCACAUCCAAUAUUUCGUUUAAUCGCUCCACAUUUUUUGUUCCUUCUUGCAAUAAACAGUCGAGCUCUUGCAAAACUGGUCCAACCAGGAGGUUGGGUUGACACGUGCAUGACUGUUGGAGCUGUUGGAAUGAUGAAUAUCAUAAAGACCAAGUUUGCUGCUUGGAGAAUGAAUGUCGAUGGCUGGCUCCCUAGGGAUUUAAAGAAGAGAGGGGUGGAUGAUGAAGAAGCUCUUCCUUACUACCCUUACAGAGAUGACGCCCUUUUGGUUCAUAACGCGAUCAAAAAAUACGUUAAAGAAAUAGUGAAUGCACAUUAUGACAAACCAGAGAAGCUAUCAAAUGAUUAUGAAAUUCAAAACUGGGCAAACAAGCUGGUUGACGAGGAGGGCCUUGGUCUAAAGGGCGUUCCAGGAAAUGGAAAAUUCAUGAGCAAUAAACAUCUCACCAAAGUUUUAACGUCAGUCAUCUUCAUGGCAAGUGUCAGCCACGCGGCGGCCAACUUCUCUCAGUACGAUGACUACGCAUUUCCAGCCAAUUAUCCAGCGUUUUUACGAGGACAACCGCCAGAGGAUAAGAACGACGUUUCGGAUGAAGAAAUAUUACAGCAUUUACCAGACAAGGAAAUGACCCUGAGCAUAGCAGCCAUUACGAAACUACUGAGUGAUCGUGGAACAAAUAACCUGGGCUGCUUCGAGAAGAAAUAUAUGUUUGACCCAAUUGGGGAGGAAGCACACUCGAGAUUUGUCACGAAAUUAGACGAAAUCAGCGAAAUAAUUGCAAAACGCAACGAAACACGACCGGAAAAGUAUCCUUACUUAGACCCCAAGGAAGUCCCAAAUGCCAUCAGUAUUUGAUUCAGACAACAGCAAGAAUAUAUGCCGACAUCGAACAUAAUCAUAUAUGAUAUGGUACAGCUAUAUCAUUCUAACGCGACAUUACAACAGUAUAUGAAUUAUGUGCAUCUUUGCUGCUCGAUUCAAACAGCGUAAUUUUUUAUUUUCUUUGUUCAAUAAAUUUAUAUUGAUGUCAAACCA